AUGCAGACCACUGGGGCACUACUCAUUUCUCCUGCUCUGAUCCGCUCUUGUACCAGGGGUCUGAUCAGGCCUGUGUCUGCCUCCUUCCUGAGUAGGCCAGAGAUCCCAUCUGUACAGCCUUCCUGCAGCAGUGGCCCACUGCAGGUGGCCCGGCGGGAAUUCCAGACCAGUGUUGUCUCCCGGGACAUUGACACAGCUGCCAAGUUUAUUGGUGCUGGGGCUGCCACAGUUGGUGUGGCUGGUUCAGGGGCCGGUAUUGGAACAGUGUUUGGCAGCUUGAUCAUUGGUUACGCCAGGAACCCGUCUCUGAAGCAUUAG